CUCCUCCUCCUCUUCGUCGUCCUCUUCGUCUCCAUAUUCGUCGUCGUCGUCGUCGUCCUCUUCUUCUUCUUCUUCUUCUGCCGCGUCUGCUACAUCUUCCAGCUCCUCCGCGUUGUCCUCCAUCCUUAUAGAAAAGGGAUGCGUGUCCCUCUCAGUCCGGCGGCGGCGCUAUGGCAACGCGUCCUUCCUGGAACGGUCUCCAUGGUUACCAGAACUUCCGGGAAGUGUCGCUGUCUUUCCUUUCCCCAUUCCGCUUUUCAGGGAAGACUGUGCCGCAGCUUGACGAAAGCUGUCCUCGUUUGCGGCCGGCUUUAGGCGGGAACUCUACAGGGCAGAGGCCUGAGAAGCAGCGGCUGUGGUCGGAGUGGCCGUUGCUUCGAUCGCCGCUCGGCUCUUUCCGGGUGUGCUCGGUUCCACUCGACUCUCCCCGACUCUUUUCGGUUGGCUCAGUUCCCCGCCUUUCCAUGUCGGACGUGCUGGCCGCUGCGGUUGGCACCCGCUUCGAACCCUCCGCGGCCGGGGGCUUGGGCAGCGUCGACGAAGACAGUUGCCUCCGUGGUGGGGCUGGAACCACGGAGAAAAGGUGCCUCUCUCCGCCGCUCCUGCCUCCCUCAGAGAAUGAAGAUUCAGCUCAAAGAUCGGAAUCUACAUUCCAGGCACCUGUCACUUCAGAAAAUGAUGCCUUGCAGUGCAGGCUACAAAAUGGAUCACCUGUGAAUGCAGAGGCUACAAAAGAUUCUGGAACUGCUGAUGAUAGUCUGGAAGAGCAAGAUGUAGAAGGAAAGGAAGAGAUCCUAACUGACCAGCACCAAAAAGAGGAGGCUGUAGUGCUGAUGACAAAGUAUCGUGUCCCACAAGGACCAGGUGAUAUAGUCAUGAUACAGUCUGAAUACACAGGCGCAGUGGAUGUCCUUUCAGCAGAGCUGGAAACUACAGACUUACUGGGUGAGCAGAAGAAAGCUCGGCCACCACCCCUGAUUCCACCCACUACUUGGACAAGCGCCAAGAUAAGGGAGUUCAAAACAAAGAUGGCAAAGGAGAAGAAUGCCCAAAUGGUAGUGAAAAGGGGUGAGGUGUUAACAGUCCGGGUGCCAACCCACCCUGAUGGAAAGCGUGUCUGCUGGGAGUUUGCCACGGAAGAUUAUGACAUUGGCUUUGGGGUCUAUUUCGAUUGGACUCCUGUUACUAGCACUGCCAUUACUGUGCAAGUCAGUGAAUCAAGUGAUGAAGAAGAUGAAGAGGAAGAGUUUGAAGGACCUAUUCCAGUUGGUGAUGUGGAAAGAGGCUCCAAAAGCUAUCUGCGAAACCGUUAUGGGGAGAUCAUGCCUGUCUACCGAAGGGACAGCCACCGGGACGUGCAAGUAGGAAGUCAUGAUUAUCCAGGCGAGGGGAUCUACUUGCUCAAAUUUGACAAUUCUUACUCCCUCCUGCGCAACAAGAUUCUCUUCUUCCAUGUCUAUUAUGCAAGCUAAAGACGUCAAUGGGAUUUGGAGAGGAUGGGACAUAAGACACCAAAGCACGCUGCCUGACGACUAGUAUCUCCUCACAGACACACACACACUUGAUGGCUGAAUCUCUAUGCUUAUGUGCAGAUUACCUCUUUCUACUCUGCCUCAUUGUUAAAGUGGUGCACGUGAUAUUGGCAACUCCAGUUUGUUUUAUGCAGACACCAAGCUGAGAACUUAGCUAUAGAAAGCAAGUCACUGGAUACCAGGCUCAAGUGGCUGCUUUUACUUUCUGUUGCGCUUACGUGAACUGAAGCUGAAAUAUGCCUUUUCUUUUUGGGUAAAUAUAUUAUCACCUACUCUGCUGGCUGCAAAUAAUCAUUGGGAUCAAUCAAAGCAGCCUGUAGAACUCUGCCUAGAACUACACUGUUACUGUGGUGCACUGCCAUUUGCUUGGUCUCUGGAAAUCUUGUGAAAUGGAACAUUUGUGUGUCAUCCAGGCCACUGGCAGCCUGACUUUUCUCUUCUAGCUCCAUGCAACUGUAGCUAGCUUAUUGUAAGGCACAGCUGAUGUGCAGUUGCUGGUAUACAUAUUUGAAUUUCACAGUUUGUCUGGAAGAGUCUUAAGUUGCAAGCAUUCUUUCUUGAAAAGAGUGCAAAACAACUAUGAAAGAGGGAAGCAUUAAAUGAAAUAAUCCAGUCGUAGAACAUGGCUAAGAAAAAAAUUACCAAACAAAGAUUCUGUGCACUCCACCUACACACACGCCUUUUGGGGCAUAAUGUUAUACUCAUUACUUUUUGCCUGAAUUCAGUGUAACUUAAGACAGGGUGUUAAACCCCAAAUGGGCUGGGGUUCCAAAUAUUUCAUCAGGUGGAUGCCCAGGCCUGACCUUUUAAUUUUUUUUAAAAGGUGCUUUUACUGGAAAUAAAACAUAACAUAGUUUGCAUAUGAUAACAUUGUUAUGCUUAUGCAUAUUUGUUUGCUAUGCCUGGGCUCCCCAGGAAUAAGCACUCCGAGGCACAAGACUAUUGUGCACAGGCAUAUGAGUGCAUAGCAUCCCAGACGCACACAAGAGAGUACCAGUGACAGAAAGCUGAGCAUGCAGUAGCAGUUUUUGACAAGUUGGCCCUUUUUGUCCAUUCUGGACUUCCUAGCCCUGAUGAUUCAGUAAUUUUGUGUGAUAUGGUGUGCAUAAAGGGCCUGAGAAGGUCCCUUGACCUUAUUUUUCACACCGCUAAUUUAAGAUCUCAUGUGUUAAAGAGUCUGUAAGAGAGCCUCUUUCAUUAUAUUCCCACUUCAGAGGACAAUGCCGGUCUUUAAUUCAACAUAAGCAGCACAGAUAACUAUUCUAUUUCAGAGGCUGGCAAUUGCAUCAUCUAUCAUUCACAGCUCAGGUCUUAUAGGGUGUAUAUGUGUAGUUCAUCUUUCUGUAGCAAAAGAUUUAUAAAUGUAUUUAUUAAGAUUUCAGGUGCAAAUGUGAAUAUGCCUUUUAAAGUAGCAACUGCUUGUGAUGUUUAUCUAAUGUGUUUGUUUGGUUCUUUGCAUGAUUGGAGGAGGCAGUCAUGGUGUAAGGAAGAUUUCUUUGGAGAUAUUUCCAGGAAAAACAGCUGUCUUUUGCUGUUACAGUUUAGUGAUAGAAGUAAUAAUGCCAAAGAAUUCAUCUUUCAGACAGACAUGAUGAUUCUCUAACUAUGCCAUAUUAAGUGCUUCACCAAGUAAGGGAAAGUGGCAAAGCAAAUGAGGUAGCAAGAGAUUAUUGGUUCCAGUUGACAUUUUAUUUUUAUUUAUAUGUUUUAAAAAUUCUAUCCCACCUUUCUUCCAUCAUGGAACCAAAGGCCGAGAAAACAGAUAAAAGACUAAAGAAAUAAAAACCUACAUAUUUCAAAUGUUGGAAGGGAGACUAGCAAAUGAAGGCUCCUCCUAACUUUAAAGGUGGGAGUCAGGUGCAACAACUCCUAGGCAUUUUGUUUUUACUCAAGGUGAGAAUGGAGAAAUAAGUGACCAGUUCCAUUCCAAUAAAAUACAAAGCACAGGGUUUGCAAGAAGCAAAGUUUUGGUUUCUCUUUUUUGCAAAUUGAUUGGAAGUAUUGUGGAGAAAUGAUAAGCAUUCUAAUAGCAACACAAAUAGGUUCUUUGGCUUAAAGGACAGUGUGUGUAUUUAUUUCUCUAUAAAUGUCCUAGACAGCAGCUGUUCCUUGAGGUAUUCUUAAAAAACCGAAACAGGGACUCUCUUGUGUAUCACUAUUACGCAGCCCUUGGACAGCUUUUUAGUGACUCUUCCCCCUGAAUGUUAUUUAAACAUUGUUUGUUAUUGUUCAAAGCAUUUUUCCUUUAAAACCUAAUCUCUUGAUUUCCCACAUUGUAGAGAACAUACUGAGCCCACUAUAUAUGUGCCCAUUUUUUAUUCAAGGGGCCUUAUUUGGGCAUAGAAAAUCAAAAUGAUAGGUGUUUGCUUUCUUUAGGGUUCUGCCUGAAUAUGGAAUUAAAAAAAAGAGGUUGUGUGUAUCAAGUAUGUAAGUUUGAGCUAAGUUUAUUCAUAAUUAAAGAGCGGUUUCCUUUUUUGUCA